AACUGGGUCUUGCAGCGUUCCUGCUCUGAAGGUUGGUCAGCAAUAACCCAUGAGGCAAAAAUGUCAAGGCCAGUGCAAGCUCGGAGGCUGGAGGGAAUAGAGAAGAAUAUCUGGGUGGAGUUUGUAAAACUGGCUGCCACCUACUCCACAGUGAACCUGGGCCAGGGCUUCCCUGACUUCCCCCCACCGGAUUUUCUGAAGGAAGCAUUCACAAGAGCCCUCAGCGGGGAGAACCACAUGCUGCACCAGUACACUCGUGGCUUCGGACACCCACCUCUGGUGAAGAUCCUGGCACAGUUUUUUGGGAAGCUGCUUGGACGAGACCUGGAUCCUAUGACCAAUGUGAUGGUGACUGUGGGGGCGUACCAAGCCCUUUUCUGCUGCUUCCAGGCUUUUGUUGAUGCAGGUGAUGAGGUGAUAAUCAUUGAGCCUUUCUUUGACUGCUAUGAGCCAAUGGUGAAAAUGGCUGGUGGGACAUCUGUGUUUGUUCCUCUGAGACCGAAAGCUCCAAAAGAUGGAAAAUUGAUGUCUAGUGCAGACUGGCAGCUGGACCCAGCUGAACUGGCUUCUAAAUUCAGUGAACGGACAAAAGCCAUCGUACUGAACUCACCUAACAACCCUCUGGGCAAGGUAUUCAGCCGAGGAGAGCUGGAGCUCAUUGCAGACCUGUGUGUGAAGCACGACGUCCUGUGCAUCAGCGACGAAGUGUACGAGUGGCUGGUCUACGAUGGGAAGGAGCACAUCCGCAUCGCCAGCUUGCGAGGGAUGUGGGACCGCACGGUGAUCAUUGGGAGUGCUGGGAAAACCUUCAGUGCCACUGGAUGGAAGGUGGGCUGGACCGUGGGACCCAACCGGCUGCUGCAGCACCUCCGUACUACGCACCAAAACUCAGUGUACCACUGUGCCACAGUUGCCCAGGAGGCCGUGGCUCAGGGUUUCCAGAGGGAGCUCGAGCUCUACGGGAAACCAGAAAGCUACUUCAUCCAGCUGCCCAAGAUGCUGCAGCAGAAGAGAGACUGGCUGGUCCAGAGCCUGGAUGCUGUGGGGAUGAAACCCAUUGUCCCCGAGGGCACCUACUUCUUGGUGGCAGACAUCUCCGAGUUCAAAUCUGAUGUCCCUGAUGUCCCAGACUCUGAUGACCCCUACGACUCCAGAUUUGCAAAGUGGAUGGUCAAGAACAAGGGACUUGCUGCCAUCCCGCUCUCUGCUUUCUACUGCGAGUCCCACAAGAACAACUACAACCAUUUCAUCCGGUUCUGCUUCGCAAAGGAGGAAGCUACACUGAAAGCAGCAAAUGACAUAUUGCAAAAAUGGAAACGUGAGAAAACCAGUCCCUGA